UUUAUGUUAUCAUAAUGACAAUACCACAGAAUACAAUUUAAUUACUAUUUUUAAAUUUUAGCUUAUAACAAUCGGUGAUACAAAUAUAAAAAAUAAAAUUAUCGGUUAAUAAUACUAUUUUAUACUCAUUUAUAUCAUGCAAUUGCUAUUGUAUUAUUACUAAUUUACGUUUCACACAAAUCAAUUUACCAUUGAAGUAUUUUAAUAUUAAUAACCUUAAUCGAUUAAAAUUAUCCAUGUCAUCUUUACCAGAAACUCGAUCAGAAAAUUGCGUGGUAAAGGAAUUGUUUGUGUCAUCAAAAACACCUAUUCAGGAACCUGGAAAAAUGUUGGCAGUAUUUGAUUUUGAUCAUACAAUAGUCAAUGAAAACUCUGAUGUCGUUGCUCGAGAUUUAUUACCCUCCGAGGAUGUUCCAAAAUCUAGUAAAACAUAUUCCGGUAAGUGGACGCAGUAUAUGCAACAAGUAUUUUGUUCACUGAACAAUUUGGGAACAUCACCGGAAGAAAUAAUUGAUACCGUCUCCAACAUGUGUCCAAUUGAAGGCAUGCCGAAAUUAAUUAGAUCACUCCACGAAAACAACUUUGAUGUUAUCAUUGCAUCAGAUUCAAAUUCUCUAUUUAUUAAUGGCUGGCUAAAAUAUAACAACUUGGACGAUGCUGUAGUAUGUGUUUACACGAAUCCAGCUAAAAUUGAAAAUGGUCUCAUUAAUAUAGAACCGUUUACAUUGCAAACAAUUUGCAAAUUGUGCACAACAAACAUGUGCAAAGGAAAUAUUGUGGAAGAACACAAAUUAAAAACAAAUAACAUAUAUACCACAAUUGUUUACUCGGGCGAUGGCAAAAAUGAUUUUUGCCCAGCUGUAAAAUUAACAAAGAAUGAUAUUGUUUUCCCAAGAGAGGGAUACGAACUUGAAAAGUUAUUAAAAACACAUGCUAUACAAGCCAACGUAGUAUCAUGGAGUACUGGAAAAUGUAUUUAUAAUUACCUAAAAACUCGUAAAUUAAUAUUGUAAUUUGUAACG